AGAAAGUUAAAAGCCCAUUUACCGGCCCCGGUUGAAGACGCAAGAAUGGCGGCAAUGGACUUCCCGCCAUCAAAAGCCGGGAAACUCUGUCUCCCCAUUUCGCCCUAAGUUUCUGCAAAGCUCUGUUUCUGUUUUCCCGUUUCAUGAAAAUGCUGAUGAAGAGCGGCGGGAGCUUCGGCGGCUUACAGUUGCUGGCGGAGGCGGCGGUGGCCGUCAGCGUUUGCCAGGAACUCCACGGUGGCUGUUGCGGUCACUCCGAUCCCGCUUCUUGUUUCUUCACCACCAAGAAACGUAAGCUCUCUUCUCCCCAGACCCACCAUUCCCUUCUCGCUCAAACCCCUACAAACAAAUCGCCGUCGAUCAAGCUUGUCAUCAAGCUCAAACAGCCCGCCGCCAAAGUCUCUGAUUUUCCUACUGCGCUAGAGGUAGCCCCCAUUUCGUUCGUACUCACACCGACGCCUCCACCUCCGGCACCCCCAAUUCCUCCUCCUCACUCCUCCGUUUCCGCCAAUUAUCCUCAUUCCAAAGUAAAGCUCGCUCCUUUGGUACCUAAUUCACGGCGAGAGGAGUUCCCCUCGAGUUUUAGGGCUAGGGUUUCGUCGACAUUUGGGAGAAAGUUCAGUUGCCUUGGGGAGCAAGUUUUCUCUGGUGAUUCGGAAGACACUGACGGACACAGAUCUAUGCAAAGGGAUGGUUGAGUAUGAAAGUCCAAUUAAGGGCAACAGCAGCAGUGAUGGUAGUAGCAGUGCUGUGACGCAUGAAGAAAACCACGGCAUGGUUGUUUCACUUUGAUCUUUGGUAUGGCAUGCCAACGAACAACAUUUCAUUAAAAAGAAAAUGAUUCCGUUAAG